AUGGCCAAAUCAAUUAGUAAAACUUCAAGCAAAGAACCAUCCGAUGUCAUCGAGCGUAGGGCUAUUAAUCCAGCCAGAUGUCUUGGUUCUCUCUAUGAUGGUGUUCGAGAUCAGGUAAUUGAUCAAUCAGGAUUGAGCAAUCAUCAAGAACAAUGGUUACCAUCAUCUAAACCAACACAAUGUGAAGUUAUUAAUAACAUUGCAGCCUCAAACUUCAAUAUUCUGCGAUGUGUGGAUAUUGAACCAGAAUUGAGAUUAAGUUUAUUAUUGAAGUUAGCAAAAAGAUCUGGAAUUGCAGAAAUUCUCGAUUAUUCUCAUCCCAUAGAUCAGUACACUUGCUUUUUCUAUUAUUCUUGGAUAAAGCAUGAACAAACACUCAGAAAACUACUAGGAGUUCAAGAAAUCAGUAAACAAUGGAGUUCUCGUGUUACUGCUACUCAUGUGAUCACUGGUAUACGCUUUGGAAUCGAUCUUGUUAUGAUUCUACAGUUGCCAUCACAAGCUGAUAUUUAUGACAAAAUCCAUUCUAUACUUAGGAAAAUUCGUGACAUACUUUUGAAUGAAAAAAAGUAUCGUGUGGUCUUGACCCCUAAAGAAAACAAUUUACUUGAAAACUUUCUCAAGUUAAAAGUGUACUCGAAUGCAUCUAUGCUGACUGGUGUAACCAAAAUUUCUGAUCUUCUAUCUCACAUAGAACUAAUUAAGAACCAUAGUAAGCUCUGUUGUCCAGUAACUUAUAUCCUUCAAACGAUCGCAUCGUUAUGUCAUGCACAUGAAAGAAAAGCGCCGGAAUUUACAACUCUAUCCUUUACACUGAUAAAUGAUCUUGAACAUUAUAUGCUCCAAUGUAGAAGUCGAAUGAAAUAUUUAGAAGCAUCUUUGAAAGAAAAUCAAACAAAAUCCCUUUGUAAACAUCACCAGCAACUUUUUAAUGAAACUUCGACUCAAUUUUUAAAGGUGAAAGAUAUAUAUAUGCACGAGAUGCAUCGAUUUGCUACACUUGUAGUUGAUGCCCGCAAUCGUCCAGCAAAAAUUUUCAAAAUUAAUCAAGCGCUACACAAUGGCGAACUAGAAAAACUGAAAGAAAGUAUUCAUCAGCUGAUUGAAAACCUUGAGAAUUUAACAACACAAGGUCUUGUAAACACAAAUCUGCAACAAAAACAUUUUGCGUCUUUCACAACAACAGAGCGUCACUCGAGUACAAGCGAUAAUAUAAUUACUGAUAAAUACUCAUUGAUCAAUAGUGAUUCACAUAAUCGAAAUCUCGGCUCCAAUGAUCCGCUAAAAGAAAAAAGUAAAUUGAGCUUGACCAAUCUACACAAAAAAACAACUAUAAAAGACAACAGCAGCUCUGCAUUACCUCCUGCACAUACUAAUGCUCAUCAUUCUUCAUUGCCACAAUGGUAUGUGACAAUGUCGACAUCAGAUAAAAUCGAUCAUAGUGAAAAUCAUUUCAAGCAAAGACUAUCCUCUCAAGUUAGUGCCCCUGAGAUUUCUUCAACUUCACCAUUAUCUUCAUCACCGCCAGUACCAAACGAUGAUACUAUUAAUAUUCUUCUUCUUGGUGAAACUGGAGUGGGUAAAUCAACCUUUAUCAAUGCUUUUGCUAACUAUCUCAUAUUCAAUUCAUUUGAACAAGCAGAAUCAAGUGAACCCAUUGUAAUUAUUCCUGUUUCAUUUAUCAUGACAAUUGGUGAUAAUUUUGAAGAACGAAUAGUCAAAUUUGGUGAACUCGAUAGUUUUAACAAUGAAAAUUUCAACACUAUCGGUCAAUCUGUAACACAACAUUGUAGAUCUUAUGUAUUUGAUCUUAAUAAUAGUGACGGAAGAAAGGUGCGUAUUAUUGAUACACCUGGUUUUGGUGAUACACGAGGUCUUGAUCAAGAUGAUCGAAAUAUGGAACAUACUUUACAAUAUAUCAAUAAUCUUACACAUUUGAAUGCUAUUUGUUUUCUUCUUAAACCAAAUGCAUCAAGAUUAAAUAUCUUUUUUCGUACAUGUCUUAUUCAAUUAUUUUCUCUUCUUGAUCCAACAGCUCGUAAUAAUAUUAUUUUUUGUUUUACGAAUGCUCGAUCAACAUUUUAUACACCUGGAAAUACAGCUCCNCCCCCCCCCCUUAGGGAUGGUCUGGUCAAAAAUCACAAUUUUUUCGAUAACUCAGCCAUUUCUUGGCGGAUCCUUCUCAUCUUCGAACUCGACCGAGAUAUUGCCAAGACUAAGCUGUGUAGAAAAUUUCAUCGCAAUCUGACUCUCCUUUCGAAAGUUAUCGUGUAA